AUGGCAUUCAUGGUGAAGAGCAUGGUGGGGGGGCAGCUGAAGAACCUGACGGGUGGCCUGGGCGGCGAGGAGAAGAGCGAGAGCGAGAAGUCUCCGGCCGAGGCGCAGGGCAUGACCCGCGAGGAGUACGAGGAAUAUCAGCGGCAGCUGGUGGAGGAGAAGAUGGAGAGAGAUGCCCAGUUUGCCCAGCGCAAGGCGGAGAGGGCCACGUUCAGGUCCCACUUCCGAGACAAGUACAGGCUCCCCAAGAACGAAACGGAUGACAACCAGAUCCAGCUGGUGGGAGGCGACGUGGAGCUGCCCAAAGAGCUGGCCAAGAUGAUCGAGCAGGACAACGAGGAGGAGGAAGAGAAGAACUCCGUUAUCGGCCAGCUCAGCAACAUCCAGAACCUGGACCUUGAUUCCUUGAAAGACAAAGCUUCGGCCACGCUAGAGGACCUGAAGCAAUCGGCUGAGAAAUGCGCCGUGAUGUGA